AGCGGUGCGAGAGGGAGGAGGUAACGAAGACAACCCACAGAUCAACGAUGCCAACUCCAUUGAGUGCCAUCGCCGUUCGCCGUGCUCUAGCCGCUGCAGCAGCGGCAGCAGCAGCUGCUGAGGCCGAGAAAGCCAAAACCGCUUCUCCCGUCGCUAACAUGGACAUUGAGGUCGAACAAGCAGUUACAUCUGAAGCUGUCGCCGCGCAAUCACCCAAAACUCCAGCAUCAAAGAAACGCCGCGCCAUCGACACUCUUGCCGAAACACCCAUCUACUCAACCCCCACCCCCACCGCCGAGGAUGAGGAACCCGCUUACCUCUCACCCGUCGACCCUGCGGAUGAGGAAUCGAUUGAGGAAGUUGCGGUUGUCGAGGCCGACUCUCCCGACUCGCCCAAGGCGAAGAGGAGAAAGGAGUCCUCUAGCGGCACUAAUGAAAAUGUUCCCCCGAGGGUGAAGUUGAUGCAGGAGCUCAAGAGGCAUGCAGAGGUAAAUGAGGAUAACUCGGCACUGUCGCCUGAUGGCAAGAGCAGGGUUGUCGGGUUGAGGCGCGGGGAGACGUUGCCGGUGCAAGGAGAGGUGAGGGUGGGUCUGUUGCGUGGUGGUGCGUCGCUACUUGGGCAUGAACUGAGAUCAAAGGGUGGGUUUGAGUGGUAUGAUGUUUAUGCUCCGGGUACUGGGUCGUUGCCUGUUCUCGAAUGCUUAGGGUCCGGGAAGGGAGCAGCGGGAAAGGUGGAAGACUUGCCUGCGUCGUUGCGGCAAUUGUUGGAGAAGAUUCCUGCAGGCAGCUUUGACGCUGUAGUUGCUAUCACAGUGGAAAAUAUCGGGAGCGGGGUACAGCACGUCGACAAGGUCUGUCCACUUUUCAGGGGAAUUUGGCAAGAUCCGAUUGCUGCAAUCGAGGAGGAUACCCCGACUGUCAACAUUCCCGAUACCUGGAAAGAAGCGGUCGCACCCAUUGUUCAUCCCUCAACGAACGACAGACCAGUCGUUGUACUAUGCGGCCCAAAAGCCGCAGGAAAAUCUAUGCUGUCGCGAUAUCUUGUCAACUCCCUCCUGAACGCAUGCGACACGGCUGCAUACUUGGACGCCGAUCCUGGACAACCGGAAUUUACGCCUGCUGGUUUACUCUCACUACAAGGACUCACGAAACCAAUAUUCGGCCCACCGUUCGUUCAUAACACGGGGGAGGAAUUAGUCAAAGCUCACUUCCUCGGCGCCACAUCUCCGAAGGACGACCCAGGCCAUUACCUCGACUGUGUCGCAAACUUGGUCUCCGUCCACUCCAACGCCCCCUCGAUCGCGACUGCACCCCUCGUUAUCAACACCCCUGGCUGGACCAAGGGUACCGGGUUGGAGUUGUUGGAGUCCGUGAUUGGAUUGUCUAACGCGACACACGUCAUCUUCCUCGGUGAUCGCUUCGAGAGUGAGAUCACGAGGAUCGUUCCCUCAAAUGUUGGUUUGUUUACUGUUGAAACGGCACAUGAACUCGUUUCGCAGAACUCGAAGAUGAGCGCGGCGGAUAACCGGACGCUUGGGAUGAUUUCCUAUUUCCACUCGCUUGGCGGGAGUAAAUGGGAUUUUAGCACGUCGCUUGUUGGGUGGGCGCCUUGGGUUGUUGAUUACACGGGUCCUGAGGCGGGUGUUGACGCACUCACUGUACUCGGAGAUGAGAUUAUGCCUGAUGAGGUCGGACUCGCGGUGAAUGGGACAGUUGUGGGCGUGGUACUCCUUGACGCUGCAGAGGGACAAGGGUUGACACAAGCUGUCGUAAGGGCUCAAGACGGAUUACCGGUCCUGCCCACGGGAGGCGCACCACUCGACCCUCAGACGAGCCAAUGCGUCGGCCUAGCGAUCAUCAGAGGUAUCGAUACCGCCAAACAACAACUCCAACUCCUCACCCCCAUCGAGCCCUCAAUCCUCGAAGAUGCGGUCACCAACAACCAGAAAGUGCUGUUGGUUCGCGGACAACUCGAACUGCCGGUCUGGCUCAUGCUCGAUGGUGAUAAAGACGGUGUUGCGGGGCAGAAGUGGGGUGAGGUGCCGUAUCUUAGUGUGGAGGAGAACUCGAGCUUUGGGAAGGCCUGGAGGCCGAGGAGGAAUGUUAUGCGUAGGAGUGCGCAGAGGUAGUGAUAGAGCGAUUACCGCAGCGCUGUUGAAGAUAUAGAGAAUUGACUGAAUCGUUGUUAAGGUAUCCCAUCCAGUUCAGAUACGGUAUUUGGUUCGGGU